AGCAGGUCUUGUAAAGCAUGGCCGCCGCUGUUACCGCAUAGGAAUGUUCCUUUCCGAAGAAGUUAUUGUGAAAAUGAUUUCGUCAGCUAAGACAAUUAAUCUACGUACAGUGCGUCAGCUUUCAAAUCGCGUUAUCAAUUGUUAUUCUGCCGAACGUUUGGCGGGGCAAUCAAUAUCACAAAGACGUUUCUUCGCCGGCUGGAAUGGACGUUGUAAAACAUUGCCGAGUUUGCUGCUGACAAAAACGCCAAGGCAGCAGCAGCGGUUUGGUAUACAUCUAACCAAUGUUUUGGACGCCAAAGACUAUUAUCAGAUUUUGGGCGUAGCUAAAAACGCUAGUGCUAAAGACAUUAAAAAGGCGUAUUAUCAGCUCGCUAAAAAGUAUCACCCGGAUACCAACAAGAAUGAUCCAGAUUCGGGCAAAAAAUUUCAAGAAGUUUCUGAAGCCUACGAAGUUCUGAGCGAUGAUACUAAGAGACGAGAAUAUGAUACAUAUGGCCAAACAUCUGAGAACAUCGGACGUGCUGGGGGCUUCGGGGGGCAGGGGCCACAAGGAUUUUCUCAAAGUUGGCAAUUUCGAUCAACAAUAGAUCCGGAAGAGCUGUUCCGUAAAAUAUUUGGAGAAGCAAACUUUCGGUCUAAUAGUUUUGACGACUUCGCCGAUUCAAAAUUUGGUUUCGGUGCUGCACAAGAGAUUGUCAUGGAUUUGACUUUUGCACAAGCAGCAAGAGGCGUUAAUAAGGACGUCAACGUAAACGUUGUCGAUACAUGUAUGAAAUGCAAUGGAUCGAAAUGUGAGCCUGGCACUAAACCCGGACGCUGCCAGUACUGUAAUGGUACAGGCAUGGAAACUAUUUCUACCGGCCCUUUCGUUAUGCGUUCUACUUGCCGUUAUUGCCAAGGCACACGACAAUACAUAAAAUAUCCUUGUACUGAGUGUGAAGGCAAGGGUCAAACGGUGCAGCGCAAGAAAGUUACCGUACCUGUGCCGGCAGGUAUCGAGAACGGACAGACAGUACGAAUGCAGGUUGGGCGUAAAGAACUUUUUGUAACCUUCCGCGUUGAACCGAGCAAAUAUUUCAAACGAGAGGGAGCUGAUGUACAUACUGAGGCUUCGAUUUCAAUAUCACAGGCAGUAUUUGGUGGUACUGUACGCGUACAAGGUGUAUACGAGGAUCAGUGGAUCAAUAUACCACCAGGUACGUCUUCACAUCACAAAGUAUUCCUACGUGGAAAGGGUUUAAAACGUGUAAAUGCGCAUGGACAUGGCGAUCACUACAUUAAUAUUAAAAUCGAAGCACCAAAAAAUCUUACAUCCGAACAAAAGGCAUUGCUGGAAGCAUAUGCAGAAUUGGAAACGGACACACCGGGACAGAUUAAUGGUAUUACCAGACGAAAAGAUGGCACCAAAAAGGCUACAACAGCGGACACCCCGAAAACGUUCCUAUCGAAAAUUAAAUCGCUCUUUAACAGACAGUCCAGUUAAUAUUAAAAAUUUUCAGUGUGGGUAUGGGUAGGACUUGAUGAUCACUCCGUUAUGUUAGGAACGACUUGGUCGACCAAACAAGUGUUUGCUUUAAUUGUUUUAGUUAGUAUAAUAGACGAUGGUAACGAAAUAAAAUAUAAAUUACUAUAUAUACUAGUUGUAACGAAAAAAGGUCUUCUAUUUAAAAUAACAAAUACAUUGAAGUUGAUAUUAACGACAAUGUAUAUUGAUCUAACAGGAGCCUGAUUCGUGCUGCUGAGAUGGAUUGGAGUAACACAUUGAUUAAUGGGUCAAUUAUGGAUGGCAACGCAACCCCAGUUGAGUUACCGUUGGGCAACGCUUGAAAUGAAAAUGUAUAGUAGGCAUAGCAACUAGAUAAGUUCUAUAAAGUUGAUAAUAAAAUUUUUAAGAACCUGCAACUAACACUUGACUGUAAAUAAGCUGAAGAAACAGUUGAAACAGGUUAAAAAUAAAUAAAUAAUUUCAAUC